ACCAACGAGAGAGGAUGCUGGACAUCGUGGAAGACUCGCCGUGCUUCAUAACUUUCUCAGCCUCCCUUUUCUCUGUUUAAGGCUAAAAGGUUAUUGCAUUUUGUGUUUGUUUGGAGGUAAAAGGCUUUAGAUUGUUUUGAAGGGUUGUAUUUUCCUCUUGAAUGACUAACGUGAGAGGGGGCUAGAGGGCACAUAUUUUAAGCUUGUUUUUUUUGUGAAUGGAGAGAGCAAAGCCUUGCGCGUGACAUCUAUCCCUUUCAAAUAACGGACCCUUUCCCACCUUGUUGGGGCAGGUGAUAUUGGCUCUGCCCGUGGACUAUGACAUUGGACUUGGAGCCCAUGGAAGAUUUUGUUAUUGACGUAGUAGGAGAGGGACUCAGGGAUAACGGAGAGGAGCAUCUCGUGUCCUUACCUUUGGAAGAGACGAGAAGCGCAGAGCAUGAACCCGAAACUUUUUUGUCUUCUCGUGGGCAGGAUGAGGAUAGGGACGACUACUCACCCACAUCGAAGUGUCCUCCAGCAGCAAGUAAAAGCCCGGCAUCGGUAAAGCCUCCGUACUCCUACAUUGCUUUGAUAACAAUGGCCAUAUUACAAAGCCCAAAAAAGCGACUUACCCUCAGCGAGAUAUGUGACUUUAUCAGCCACCGAUUCGUUUAUUAUCGUGAGAAGUUCCCUGCCUGGCAGAAUUCCAUCAGACACAACCUUUCGCUCAAUGACUGUUUUGUCAAAAUGCCCCGGGAGCCUGGUAAUCCAGGGAAGGGAAACUACUGGACGCUAGACCCCAAUUCUUCGGACAUGUUUGAGAAUGGGAGCUUUCUGCGUCGAAGGAAGAGGUUCAAACGCCAGCAUUUUCGUUUCGGGGUGCUCAAGGAGCAAUCCCUUGAGCCCAGUGGCUUUCACAACUUUUAUGGUACUUAUGGACUCGGCACAGCGGGUCUUCAGCUACCCAGUUUGGAGAUAUAUCCAUUCGGCUUCCAUCACCAUGCGCACUCAUCAUGCGCUCCCGCCAUCCCACCUGUUAGCAGCCUGCUACCGGCUUUGUCGAGCCUGUUUACCCGGAACUCUUUCGCUGCCAAGGCUUUUCUUCAAUCACAACAGCCUGUCACUAUCGGGUCCUUCAAUCCGAGCCGCUAUGCCACCCUUUCUUCCGCUUUGACCACCAGCGCUCCCUACGCGUCCCCUGCGCUGUUCCACUCCGCGGCGUCUCCACAUCUCGUCAGUUUACACGAAGAAUAUCAGAAAUUACAAACUCAGCGCAGCACCUCUGACCUGGCUAAUGAGCAGUGCUUGUGAAUAUUUGAGUUGUGUUUCAGACUUUAAAUUGUGUAUUUGUAUCUCAGGUGAUAGAGAUUUUUGAAGCUCUUGUGGAAACAGGUAUUUGUCAAAUGAUAAUUGGAUGGACUUUCUUGUUGAUCUAGGCCUAUUUGAAGAGUUCUUAAGAAUGCUGUAGAUGUAUGCCUUGCAUUGAUUACAUUUGUCAUAGCAUCUUGCGUUUUUAUUUGUAAAGUAUGAAAUUACAUUUGUCCAUUGAAAUGCAAAUA